CAGGGCCGGGGCGGGUGCCUCUCAGCCUCGCGGCUCCGAGUGUCCACGGGCCCCGGGGGAUGCCCCCGGCCGGGCCCUUUUCAUGGCUGCCGAAGUCUUCAUGUGCUCCUCACACCGGGCCCGUAGUCGGGGCCGCUCGGUGCUGCUCAAGCCCCCGGUGCCGGAGGACGACGACGACUCGGACACCGAUGAGCCGUCUCCGCCGCCAGCCUCGGGCGCCGCCGCUGCCUCAGCCCGGGCCCACGCGAGCACCGCGCCGCUGCCGUCGCGAGCCGGCCCGGGCCGCGACGAGCCUCCGCGCCGCCAGCAGAUCAUCCACAGCGGCCACUUCAUGGUGUCGUCUCCGCACCGCGAGCACCCGCCCAAGAAGGGCUACGAUUUCGACACCGUCAACAAGCAGACGUGCCAGACCUAUAGCUUCGGCAAGACCAGCUCCUGCCACCUGUCCAUCGACGCCUCGCUCACCAAGCUCUUCGAGUGCAUGACCCUGGCCUACAGCGGGAAGUUAGUGUCUCCAAAGUGGAAGAAUUUCAAAGGCCUGAAGCUCCAGUGGAGGGACAAAAUCCGGCUCAACAAUGCUAUCUGGCGGGCAUGGUACAUGCAGUAUUUGGAGAAGCGCAAGAAUCCUGUGUGCCACUUUGUGACUCCUCUUGAUGGCUCUGUUGAUGUAGACGAGCAUCGUAGGCCAGAGGCCAUCACCACGGAGGGCAAGUACUGGAAAAGUCGCAUUGAAAUUGUGAUCCGGGAGUAUCACAAGUGGAGAACCUACUUCAAGAAAAGGCUACAACAGCACAAGGAUGAGGACCUUUCCAGCUUGGCCCAGGAUGAUGACAUGCUGUACUGGCACAGACAUGGGGACGGGUGGAAGACGCCAGUCCCCAUGGAGGAGGACCCACUGCUGGACACAGACAUGCUUAUGUCAGAAUUCAGUGACACACUCUUUUCCACACUUUCUUCACACCAGCCAGUGGCCUGGCCCAACCCACGGGAAAUAGCACAUCUGGGAAAUGCAGACAUGAUCCAGCCAGGACUGAUUCCUUUGCAACCCAAUUUGGACUUCAUGGACACCUUUGAACCUUUCCAGGAUCUCUUCUCUUCCAGCCGAUCCAUUUUUGGUUCCAUGCCACCUGCACCUGCCUCUGCACCUACCCAAGAUACCAACAGUCCAUCUGCUCAGGGGAGCAUCCUGCCAACUACAGCUCUGCCCAGUGUGAACCUUCCUGACAGCCUCAUUGCAUCCUCUGCAGCUCCUUCCCUGGAGCCUGCAGAUGGGCAGGGCUGUGAACGUGCUUCCCAGACUGGGGAUGCUUUUAUCCAGACGAUGGACUUUGGUCCCCCUGAGCCACCACUGAACAUCCCACAGUCCUUCCUCCCUGUCUUCACCAUGUCCGUGCUCUCCCCUGGACCUGCUCCAGCACCUGUCCCAACUGCAUUACCUGUAGUUUCUCCUCCUGCCACUGCUCUGAACCCCCCAACUCCACCAGCGUUCCUACAGCCACAGAAGUUUGCUGGAGUUGGCAAAUCCCUCCCUGUCAUCACCCAUACAGCCUCUGCCACCCUCACCCAUGAUGCUUCUGCCACCACAUUCAGCCAGUGCCAGGGCCUUGUGAUCACAGCUCGCCAACCUACCCCCUCGCCAUCCCCCUGUGGCCUAGAGCUGUCACCUGUCCCUCGACUACCAGCUGUUGGGCCUCCCCAACCUUGUUUAACUUUUGUCCACCCCAAACCUGUGUCCUUGACUGGAGGGAGGCCCAAGCAGCCCCCCAAAAUAGUGCCUGCUCCUAAACCAGAGCCUGUGUCCUUGGUGUUGAAGAACGCUCGUCUUCCUCCAGGCCAACCACAAACGGUGAUCAUGACGUCAGCCUCUCUGAAGAGAGAAGGGAUAUUGGCAUCUACGGUGUCCCAGUCCAAUGUGGUUAUCACUCCUGCUGCUAUUGCCAGGGCUCCUGGAAUCAAAGAGUUUCAUAGUGACAUCCUGGUGACAGACCUCGGCCACAGCACAAGCAGCCAGCCCGCCCCUGUCUCCCGACUCUUUUCUCCAAGCACAGCACAAGACUCCCUGGUGAAGGAUGAGCAAGUCUCACUGCAUGGGAACAGUCCUCAAGUCCCUGCGACAGGGUCCAGUUGUGACUGCCCCAACUCAGGGCAGGCCUCUCCGUGCCCAUCAGAACAAAGCCCCAGUCCUCAAUCUCCCCAGAACAACUGCUCAGGGAAAUCAGACCUAAAAAAUGUGGCUGCAUUAAAGAACCGGCAGAUGAAGCAUAUCUCAGCUGAACAGAAAAGACGCUUCAACAUCAAGAUGGGCUUUAACACCCUGAAUAGUUUGAUCUCCAGUAAUUCUAAGCUGACCAGCCAUGCCAUCACGCUGCAGAAGACUGUGGAGUACAUCACUAAGCUGCAGCAGGAGCGAAUCCAGAUGCAGGAGGAGGCCCGGCGGCUGCGGGAGGAGAUUGAGGAACUCAACGCCACCAUCAUCUCCUGCCAACAGUUGCUCCCGGCCACAGGAGUCUCUGUCUCCCAGUGUAAUUUUGAUCACAUGAAAGACAUGUUUGAUGAAUAUGUGAAGAGCCGGAUCAUGCAGAAUUGGAAAUUCUGGAUUUUCAGUGUCAUCAUCAAGCCUCUGUUUGAGUCUUUCAAGGGGAUGGUGUCUACCAGUAGCCUGGAGGAGCUGCACCGGACAGUCUUGUCCUGGCUGGACCAGCACUGCUCCCUGCCCACCCUCAGACCAAUGGUACUGAGCACUCUUCGACAACUGAGCACCACCACCUCCAUCCUGACAGACCCGUCCCAGCUGCCAGAGCAGGCAUCAGAGGCUGUCAUCAGGAUUGGCAAGAGAUCAGAGGAGUCCUAAGCUUAGCUGGCAUGUGGCUGCAUGAGAUGCCUGGAGGCCUCCCUGCUCUUCCUGACACAGAGCCUUGAUGCUGCCCUUACUCUGCUGGCCCACCAAGCCCGUCAGGAUGCCAUGCUCAGGUCUGAAGCAGGUUCUGGGCCUGCCCACAGCAAUAGCCCGUCUUGGGAACCGCUUGCUGUGACCUCUCACUCAGCAACCUCAGUCUCCAACCCUCCCCUGUUUGGGGGUGGUCCAGACAAAGGGAAAUACCAGCUGUUCUAGUCCUGUCCUGCUGGGGGCCUGGUGGGGCCUUGGGCCAGCAAGGGAAACAGAUGGGACAAGGAGGCAAGCGAAGCCUCCUGCACAGCUCCUCUGAGUCCCUGCCUUAGCCUUGUCUACCUGGGCUUCUCAGGUGACACCUGCAUGCUCUUUGGCCUCUUCAGGGCCAGGUAGAACCUCUUCAGUUCUCACAACCCUGAUGGCACCUGGCCCUUAUGGAUGGGUCUGGGCCACUGUUCCAGCCUGUGCACAGAGGAGGGCUGCCUUCUUGCCCAUGUGGUUUGCAGGGCAUACCUUCUCCACUGACCCCCAGGCACACAUGCCACAUAUCAUGCAUGGAGUCCAUGGAACAGGAUGGAAGCACAAGCAAUACGAAGCUGCUUUUCUGGCUCAGAAGCUCCAGGAAGGACUGGUAGUCACUGUGAUGCGGCCAACGUUGCUGGAGGCCUGGCCCAGUGCCUGUGCAGAGAGGCAGGCACACCACUCUUGGUUUUAGUCUUCAGAAGGUUACACUCCAUGGCUGCCAUCAGCCUGAUCAUCUUAUCUGAAGUUAAACUGGGAGCUCCAAGCCAGGACAGUUUGCAGAUUGAAGAUUUCACCAUACCCGAAGUCUGUUCUGUCUGUGUUAUGGGGAGAGAGACAAGAUGCCAGGAGUCAGCCCUCAGUGCUACCUCUGGUGUCUCUAGGCUAGUCAGUAAAGGUCUGUGCUCACAUUUGGACCAGUGGAAGCAGGAGAGCUCAAGUGUCUGAAGGUCAGGUGUCCUAAUGCUUGUGUGUAGUUGGAAGGGGCAAAGACGGGCCACUUGAUCCUCAGCCUUCUGUCAGGUGGCAGGGCGCUCUCAGGGAGCCUAGCUAACUGCACCUCCUCCUGGGAAGAGUGUGCUUUUCCACCCCACUGUGACAUCUAGAGCAGCCAGAAGGCUUUUCUCUUAAACUCUGUUCUCCUGGUGACUCUGUCCUCCUACCCUCUUCUCACCAUGCUGCCUGUCUUGAGGGGACCAGGGAAAGAGGGAAUACAGGCUGUCCCCUGAAGUUCCAGUCCGUUUGGAAACUCCCACUGAUGCUUGAGAUCUGCAGAACUCGGGCUGGAGGAGCAGCCAUUCCACCUCAGCCUGAGUUGCUCUCAAGAAAGGAUCAGGGCUGCUGGCCAUACCACCACCUCUACUGUGGACCCCUGAUCAACUGCCCACACCCCUGUCUGCAUUUCUGCUCUGUAUGGAAAUAGCUUGGUGCCCUGCCCCAGCCCCCAACUCUAUCCUAAAAUGUGUUUACAGGCUGAGGGAUGAGCAUAAGGAAUGUAGGCUGAUCCUUACAAUUUCUACUGGGAAAGGUAUCUGGACUCAUUUCUAACCCAAGGACUAGGUAAAAUUACCCUUCAGAAGGUGAAGGCCACUGCCCCAGGCAACAAAGGAAAAACCAAAACACUGGUGGAGGAGCCCAGCCCCUCCCAUUUGUACGCCUUGUAACACACAGGCGAUGCUGUGGCUGGGCAGCCAGGACUCCUAGUUUCUCCCCACUUUUGCUGGGGAGUAACCUUUUUUGUAAACAUUUAGGCAUAGAAAAUUGGCCGCUAGCUUUGCUGGCCUAUCUCUCUUUGGCUGAAUUAAUAUUAUCACUGUUCCUCAGACAUUUGGGCUGUUAGGUUGUAUGAGCUAGAAGGGAGCGUGUGUGUGCGUGCGUGCGUGCGUGCCUUUGGUUGGUUUCUCCUGGUGCUCACCUUUGUCAUGGCUGUGAGGCCACAAUGCUUUAUCUCUUCCAGGCAAGAUUGUUUCUUGCCUGGGAAAUUUUCUUGUUUUAGAAUCCUGCCUGAUGAGUCUGUCUCUGACCUUUGUCCUGGGUGCCCAGGCCACCACUUGAGAACAAUAGAGGCCAUUCUGCCAGAGCCCCCACUGGGCACUGAUCACACCAUGCAGCUGGGAUUUGUUUACAUUUAUUUUUACCCCCAUUCCUGUCCCCACUCUCAUAUAAGAACUUCAAAAUGUUGGCAUUUGGGAGAAUAAAAAAAUCAGCUUGAGAAGACUAGCUGGUAAAUCUCUGCAAGCGUUUCUGUGAAGUCUUCCCACGCCCUCGGCUUCCUGCGUUCUGCUCAUUCUUUCACUAUGAGUCGGGGGUGGGGGGGUGUCACAGGGCAGAGUGCCUGUGGCUGGGGGGCUUUCUGAGAGUUGAUGACAGGUUAUACACCAGCUGUCGCCCUCAGGAGAGGCUAACCGUAGUCAAGUGGUUUUUUUGCAAUACAAGGGAAGUGAUAACAGCUUAGGCUGUGGUAUGGACAUCUUGUGACAUCAUGCUGAGUCUCAUGUGGGAGGCUGGAAGCAGUUAGACAGAGUGCAUGCUCUUAUGACUUGACCUCAUCCCCUUUGUAUGCUUGGGUCCUGCCCUGGCCCCUUUUGGAGCUCUAGUACUACCAAAGGGUUCUGUGUUCUGACUGAGAGCAAUGUCCACUUGGGCUCUUAGAGGACUUGGCCCCCAGACUCCAGGUUGUACACAGGAUGCUAAUCCCUCCCCAGCAGAGUGCAGUAGUAGGUGGCACCAAGGUGUGUGGAAUACUGUGGGCCUUUCUGCCCACCCCCCUCGCCCCGACCACCUGACCUCCGCUCAGGGUGCAAUUCUUUUUUCUUCUUGGCUCUGGCAUGAGCAGGCUUGGAAUGUCCCCUGCCCCCUGCUCUCAGAAGUCCUUUUCUCAUCCUCAUCUGGCUCCUCAAAGCUCUUUUUCUACUGGGAGCCUCCCAGCAGUCUGGGAAGGAUCUCUUCCUCACUUCCCAGGAAGCUCCAGCACAAAUGAAAUACUGUGUGGCUUUGCAGUGUCUUGUGGUCCCAUGGGAGAGAAGAUUUGGAAGCUGUGGUGUGUGACAGCCAUCUAGGACACCAGUGCUGCAUAAGAAUGUGACUUUGGUCUCUGUCCCUUCAAUAUCUGAGUGUUUCAGAGGACAUGUACCGUGUCUACAUGGCUGGAGUGAAAGAGCAGGAGGUUCAUGGCAUGUUCGAGGUUUGUCCUCUUAGCAGGCAUGUUGGCCAGAUUCUGCUUGGCAAGUUUUGGAUCUGAGGGUCACCCUCAGGGCAUGUGAGCGGCUGGUAGGAGACACCAGUGAUGUGGGAGAAGCCUUUGGAAACACAGUUCCCAUCCCUGUGCCUCCCCAAAGGAAGGCAAGGACACACGGGUUAGCCACCAGCUGUCUGUGAGGACCAGGCCUUCCCUGCUUGCUAGGCAAGACUAGCUGCUUGUCAGGGAUUGCAAGACACAACCCUUGAAAAAGAAAAGGGAACUUUUCACAAUGAAUGUUAACAUGUAUGUGUGUGAGUGUUUACUGCCUGGGAUUUUAUUUUUGUAAAAUUCCCUUGCGCUUAUUUAGCAGAAUUCACCUCUGUCUCCCAGCCAAACUUUGGUUCCACGAUAGUAACCUUGAGUGUAGGGACUUGGAGUAGGGUUUCUUAAUAGGACCUGGUGUUCUUGAGAGUAGAAAUCGUGAAAAGGCCGGAGACACUAAAGUUUUAUACAUUUCCUAGUUUACAUCCUACAGGUAAAAAAAAAGUCUGAUGAGCUCAGCUGAGGCAUACUCUCAACUAGGUGUGUCCCUCCUGGGAGAGCCCAGCACCCUCUUCUCUGAAUCUUCUCCCCCAUGAAGGAAAAGAAGGCUCUGUUGCUUGUUCACCAUGGCUGAAACAGCCUGUCCUCCAGGUUUCAGUAUUGUGUACACGCUAAUCAUUUCUGCUGUGCCCAUCGGUGAUGGUGUAGCAGGGCUCCUUUAAGGAGCCAGGCUAGAGUGGAUUUCUCCAGAGGCCCACUUACCCUGAGCCUGACCCUCUGGUGCCCUGCUGUUGACAAGCACGUUUCUACCAGCUGUAUCCAACACUACAAUGCAUUUUUAAAAUUUGCAUCUAAGACAAUAAAAAAAUACUUAUUUUUUUGAAA